AUGAUGGUGCAUUCGAUAGUGAUACAGAAGCUGCUGAGCACGAAUGCACAAAUGGGGCGGAGAGUGGCGGCGCAUCACCUGAAGGAGUACACAUAUGGCAUGAGGAACAAGAUGGUAAUCAUAGAUUCGGACAAAACCCUGAUAUGCAUGAGGAGUGCCCUGAACUUCAUGGGGUCCCUUGCAAGCCACAACGGUUGGUUCAUGUUCAUCAACACCAACUCUAUUUUCGACGACAUCUUCCACCUUAUGACCACCCGCGUCGGCUCCUACUCCCCCACCAACUCCCUCUAGCGCACCGGCGGCUUCCUCACUAGCAGCUACAGCCCUAAGAAGUUCUGCUCUCGCAACAAGAAGCUCGUCUUUGGCCCUACCCAUCCCCCCGACUGCAUCUUCAUCCUCAAUACCGACCCCAAGUCCUCCGUCAUCAAUGAGGCUCACAAUCUUCACAUCCCCAUCAUCGCCAUUGUCGACUCCUCCAUGCCCCUCCAUUCAUUCUCCCGUGUCGCUUGUCCCGUUCCCGCUAAUCCUUCUGUCCAGUUUGUCUACUUGUUCUGUAACCUCCUCACCAAGACCCUCCUUCUUGAGAAAGAGAAGGGCAAGCUCAAAAAAGCAGCACCACUCCAAAUUCAAGCAGGUAAGGCUGUGAAGAUCGAUUUGCCAAACCUCGACAUAACUGUCUUCCCCUAUGCCACUUUACCUCCCUUGUAUCAAGAUAUGGAAGAAACUAAGAAGCUUUUGGACAAACUUGUUGUUUUGAAGCUCGAUGUUGCCAAGAGAUAUGGGUUUGGAAGGCCUCAAGUAUUCAAGAAUUGA